AAAGGGGAUCAGCCAUAGCAAGAAUCAUUGGCAACAAUGUCCAGAAGUCCAACAGAUUUGAUCCCACUGUCAAGAUGUGGGUGUUUGAAGAGAUCAUCAAUGGAAGAAAACUCUCAGAAAUCAUCAACCAGGAACAUGAAAAUGUUAAAUAUCUGCCUGGAUACAAGAUACCCCACAAUGUGGUGGCUGUACCAGACGUGGCUGAAGCAGCAAACGGGGCAGAUAUUUUAGUGUUUGUACUGCCACAUCAAUUUAUUGGACGAAUCUGUGAGCAGAUUGUAGGACAGAUAAAACCUGGGACAUUUGGGAUUUCCCUGAUCAAGGGGAUUGAUGAGGGUCCUGAUGACCUGAAGCUCAUCUCUGACCUCAUUCGAGAGCAACUGAAAAUAGAGAUCAGUGUGCUGAUGGGGGCCAACAUAGCCAAAGAAGUGGCUGAUGAGAAGUUCUGUGAAACCACCAUUGGAUGCAAAAAUGAAACCCAAGGCGAAAUCUUUAAAGAAUUAAUGCAGACCCCCAAUUUCAGGAUUACUGUGGUGCUUGACUCUGAUACAGUGGAGCUUUGUGGAGCCUUAAAAAACAUCGUGGCGGUGGGCGCGGGGUUCUGCGAUGGACUGAGUUUCGGGGACAACACCAAGGCAGCAGUGAUACGCCUGGGCCUCAUGGAGAUGGUGGCCUUUGCCAAGAUGUUCUGCAAGGGACCAGUGUCAACAGCCACCUUUUUGGAAAGCUGUGGGGUUGCUGAUCUCAUCACCACCUGCUACGGGGGACGCAACAGAAAAGUAGCGGAAGCCUUUGCUCGCACAGGAAAAUCCAUUGAGGAGCUGGAAAGUGAGAUGCUGAAUGGACAAAAGCUGCAAGGUCCUCAGACCUCAGCCGAAGUCUACAAAAUUCUGAAACAGAAAAAUAUGCUUCAUAAGUUUCCAUUAUUUACAACUAUCUACAAGAUCUGCUACGAGGGUCGAUCUAUCCAGGAGUUCAUCAUGUGCCUGCAGAACCACCCAGAGCACAUGUAGAGAUCCCUUCUCCUCACCUGGCUGAAUUCUCACCUUCCUGAGGCUUCUGUCCACUCCAUGGCAGUUGAAGUAGAGAAACAGGUUGUGUGACACUUGCUGUAAAAGCAGCAAAGAAUGUAUUUCAUUCUCCUUGUCCUGGGGGUAAAAACAUCUGCCUUUAAUUUCAACAUUAUACUUAAGGAAUAGGAAACAAAUUUAAAACUUAACAGUAUUUCAUUUGAGUUAGUAAUGUGGGUAUUCCCCUAUAAUUAUCUUCUUGUUGACUGAAAACAGUUCCCCUUGCAAUUUCUACAAUAGAGCUAAAUAGCUCACAUAAAACUCAACAUUUUGCCUACAGUUACUUACAGAAUGGUACAAAACAUAGAAAAAUCAAAUAACUCAAACAGAUAAAUUAUAGUUUAAAAAAAUUCCAAGAGCAGUUAGAUGCAAUCACACGGGCAAAUGCUGGGUUUCUGUAAUUCUCCUCAAACACAAAUAACAUUUUGUAUUUUGGGACGUUUAGGCAUUCCUUGAUUUUGUUUCCCAGUAUAAGCAUCUUUGAAAAAAAUAGGUACUGUGCUCAGACACACAUGAAUGUUCAUUAUACAUUCAAAUAUAUAAAUAAAACAGUGCAAGGGGUGGGGAAAAGGAGAAGGGGUUUGGGAUGGGUGUGUUGUUUGUUUCAAAUCUGGGAUGCUAGGAAUCUUCACUAGUAAUCUGACCUUGAUUAAAUUUACUCUAUUCCUUUAAAAUACAGAAAAAAAAAUCUGGAAUUACCAAAGACAAUUUUGUUAGCAUCACAUUUACUCAUCAUUAAUUGGUACCAGCUAAGAGGGGAGAAGUGGAGGCUGACAGGGAGAUGUACCCAGGGCUCAGCUUGCAGAUAUUUUGAGGGAGCAACCAGUAACAGUGACAAACCCUCUGUGAUACUUGACUUUUUAUACUUGUAUGGAAACGACCGCUGUAGACGCACAGAACUCCUGUAAACUGGCAUUUCACACCAGGCUGCAUUUUAGCUGCUCUGGGCACCUCCACUGGGCUGACACCAGUGCAGCUCCCAGGCUGCAGAGCUGUGUCCUGAUCCUGCUCAAGCAGCACAUCUUACACUCCAGGAGAGAGAUCUCCAUCUGCUUCUGAAUUUUAAACACAAACUGGGUUCACACGCCAGGGUUUUUUUAUUGUGCUACCAGUGGCAUAAAUUUUAGAAACAUUGAAGUUUUUAAACCUUAUAGCUGUACUUGGGUAACUUUACAUACUUAAUGUUUUUCAGAGUUAAAACCACCUAGAAAAUGAACAGUGGCGUAUUUUAUAAGCUUUAAUCCCCUUUUGAAAUACUCCUAUUUUGAGAGAAGGCAAACAAAAAGGAAGAGUAACCUACUUUUGCUGUGCUUUAUCAGAUUUUCUGAAAUAGCAGAGAGGAAGGCAAGUUUUUUAGAUCUAUGUACUUGCUGUCAUAUUGCUUAGAGGAAGAAAUUAACUAAUUAUAAAAUAAUUUCAACUAAUUUUAGAGAAAUUAUAGGUCUUUCACAUUUACCAGAGUAAUAUAUAAAAAAUAAUGUAUUGUAAUUACAAAUAUAUUGUAAAAAUCUCAGUCUCACAGCUAGCAAAGCUAGCUCAGAUACCAAAACCAGUGGCUGCAGCAUCCUUGAUCCUGCUGAACAGCAGCAAGGGUAGCUCAGCUCCUCCUGCUCAGACUCCAGACACAGCCAACAGCUCGGGGCUCUGCAGAG